AUGGCGGCGAAGUUGCCGUUGCCGAAGAAGAUAUUGGCACACUCUCACUGGACAUUGGAAAAACAUAAGAUGUCAAAAAGUCGUGGGAACGUGGUUUGCCCGUUUACAUUAAUGAAUCGUUACGGUGUGGAUGCCGUCAGGUACUAUUUGAUGAGAGAUGGCGGCAUUGUCGAUGAUGGAGCUUAUUCGGAACAUAUAAUUGAUGGAAGAUAUCGAAAAGAUUUAGCAGGCCAACUUGGAAACUUAAUUUCGCGAAGUACCUCUCAUUCAUUAAAUCCAUCGUCACUGAUACCUACGUCCCCACUGAUUGUCAACGGCAUAAAAGAAAAAGAUGCUAGUUUAGUAGAAAUGUUGGAAAAGUUACCAGAUCUUGUGAAUCAACACUUUGAAAAAUUUGAAUUCGGCAAGGGUCUAGGAUUAAUAUUUGAUGCUAUCGCAGAGGCCAACAAACUUUUCACGGAAUAUGAACCUUGGAAGCUAGUCUCUAAAGUGGGUGCGAGCUCUCCAGAAGACAAAGAUCUCCUCAACCGAUCAUUGUUCUUCUCGGCCGAGACUUCUCGCAUGGCCGGAAUAUUACUGCAACCUGUAAUGCCUACAAAGAUGUCCGAACUAUUGGAUGGUCUUGGUGUUGGAAAAGAUGAGAGGAAAUGGAGUGAUGCUAAAUUGGGCAAUGGUUGGCCAAUUGUGAGAAAUGGAGGGACCAUGAAGUUUAAUGUUAAGGGUUUACUAUUUCCGAAAUUGAAGGAUUGA